UAUUUUUAAAUAGAUCAACUGUGGUAAAUAUUUAGUAGUUAUUUCGAAAAAAAACCAGUAAAAAUUUGCUAACCAUAACUUUUUCAGAUAAUAUCAAUUGUUUUUUUUUAAACUUAGCGGAAAGUAGAUAUAGCUUUUCCUCAUUUUCGUACUUAUGUUUCUAUGUAUAAUGUACAUGUGGCCGGCUUAACCGAGGAACAGAACGAGCUUCGCGAAGUUGUUCACCAAUUUUGCCAAAAAGAACUUAGAAAUAGAGCAGCUGAAAUAGACAAGCAGAAUUCUUUUCCAAUGGACAUGUGGAAGAAAUUUGGUGAUAUGGGAUUACUUGGUAUAACCGCUCCUGAAGAAUAUGGAGGAUUAAAUAAAGGAUAUCUCGAACAUGUAUUUGUAAUGGAGGAGAUAUCGCGAGCUUCAGGUUCAGUUGCUCUUUCUUACGGAGCACAUUCAAAUUUGUGUGUUAACCAAAUAGUCCGAAAUGGUAAUGAGAAGCAGAAAUCAAAAUAUUUACCAAAGCUUAUUUCGGGUGAUUAUAUUGGUGCGCUUGCUAUGUCUGAACCGGAAUCCGGUUCAGAUGUGGUUUCAAUGCGUCUUCGUGCUGAGAAGAGAGGGAAUAGUUAUGUUUUGAAUGGAAAUAAAAUGUGGAUUACUAACGGUCCUGAUGCAGAUGUUCUUGUUGUAUAUGCCAAGACAGAUCCCGAAGCAGAUGCUCGUGGUAUUACGGCAUUUUUAAUUGAAAAAGGUUUUCAGGGGUUUUCAACAGGACAAAAACUUGACAAACUUGGAAUGCGUGGAUCGAACACUUGUGAACUUGUUUUCGAAAACUGUGAAGUUCCUGUUGAGAAUAUUUUGGGGGAAGAAAAUAAAGGAGUGUAUGUACUUAUGAGUGGAUUAGAUAUUGAAAGAGUCGUUCUCUCAGGUGGUCCACUAGGAUUAAUGCAAGCAGCACUUGACGUUGUUCUUCCCUAUGUACAUUCACGACAUCAAUUCGCCCAACCAAUUGGUUAUUUCCAAUUAGUUCAGGCGAAAAUAGCUGAUAUGUAUACUAAACUCAACGCUUCUAGAUCAUACGCUUACUCUGUAGCAAGAGCUUGUGAUAACGGAUUUGUUUCUAAUAGGGAUUGUGCUGCAGUUAUAUUAUAUUCUGCCGAACGUGCCACCGAAGUUGCUUUAGAUGCAAUCCAGUGUCUUGGGGGCAAUGGAUAUAUUAAUGAUUACGAUACUGGAAGACUUCUAAGAGAUGCAAAACUUUAUGAAAUUGGUGCAGGAACUAGCGAAAUUCGAAGACUUGUAAUUGCAAGGGAAUUCAACAAGGAAUUUGUAACCCAUUAAUUACUUUAUUAAAAUCAUUAAUUUAAUUAUAAGGUUAAGUUAAUCUCAUAAGUUGUUGUUAUCCAAGCAUUCAUAAUAGUUAUCUUUGAAACGCGUUUAUAAACCGUUUAUUUUUAAAAUUAAUUAUCGACCUUCAUUUAUUUAUUUAUUUUUUUUUUG